AUUUAGUCCCCUCACCAAAAAGAAAAUUUACAUAUUUUCAAACACCCUACAAACCACAUGCGAUCCCCACCAACAAACCACUGCUGUAUACGAAGAGAAUCUACAUGGAUCAUCCUCGAGUUUAAAAAUCCAGGUUUUCGAAGGUGUGCGCGGAAAAGGCGCACAAUAUAAAAUGCGCAACCUGAGAAAUAUCCACCUGAGGGAGCUCCCGCUUGGGAACGAACUGCCUCUAGCUGCGACGGCCUGGGACCCUGCGACGGAUUCUAUCAUAUGCGCUUUUGGUCCAACAGAGACGACCGCUGUCAUCGAACUAAAAAGAAGGGCGCAGGACGCUGGGCUCGGCGACCUCGAGUUGAUCGCAUCCUGGGAUGCGCCAUGCCCGCUCCCGGACCUGCAACAUGACCGGAUCAUAUCAUUACAAUACUUUGCGGAUACCCUCGUUACAUGUCUUGUACUGGAAGGUGGCGAUAUUAUAGUUGUGCGCGAAGAUCCACAACCAGGCGAAGACAAGAUUGAGAUCGUGGGUUCGGUUGAUGUGGGGAUCACGGCGGCGGCAUGGGCUUUGGAUGAAGGACUACUUGCUGUAACCACCAAGGCCGACACAUUGCUCUACAUGACAAGGGAUUUCGAAAAUGUGGCCAAUAUUACAUUUACUAGCGAGGAUCUCAAGGCCUCAAGACACGUUUCUGUUGGUUGGGGAAAGAAAGAGACGCAAUUCCAAGGCAAGAGAGCCAAGGCUCUGCGGGACCCAACGAUGCCGGAGAAGAUUGACGAGGGAAAAUUGAGCGAUCUGGAUGAUAAAAGAGUUUCUAUCAGCUGGCGAGGCGAUGGGGCGUUCGUUGCUGUUAAUAGCAUUCAAUCAGAUGCCCGACGUGUGAUCAGAGUGUACUCGCGAGACGGCGUCUUGGACAGUGUGAGUGAGCCAGUGGAUGGGCUGGAGGGUUCUCUAAGCUGGCGACCAUCCGGAAAUUUAAUCGCUGGAAUACAACGUAUGGAGGACAGAGUGGACGUUGUGUUUUUCGAAAGAAAUGGGCUUCGACAUGGUGAGUUCACGCUACGCGUGAACAAGGAAGACAUGCACACCUGGGCAUCAAAAAUCAGUUUGGCGUGGAAUAUCGACUCUACCGUUCUGUCUGUCCAGUUCAAGGAUAGAAUACAGCUCUGGACAAUGGGAAAUUAUCAUUAUUAUCUGAAGCAGGAGAUCCCCAUCUCUGUUGAAACGGGGUUCGCUACAGCGCUCCUUUGCUUUCGUUGGCAUCAAGAAAAGGCAUUACGAUUUGUUAUUGGAUCAUCUGAUACUUUAUUCGACACUGAAUACGUCUUUGAUGUAGCGAGAGGUUCCACAUUGACUCCGAAUGAUUGUGGAGCGGUGGCCGUGAUUGAUGGAACAUCGCUAAAAUUAACGCCGCUAAAACUUUCCAAUGUCCCUCCCCCAAUGUCUGCUUGUGAUAUUCUUCUGGAGUCUAAUGCUAUUGAUGUCGCGUUCAGCAAAUCCAGCACCCAGUUUGUCGUGCUAACUAUGGCUAGAAUUUACUUAUACAGCUGGGACAUCAAAGUCGUCCCCGUAGCAGAUCCUGAACUUAAAGCAACCUACCCAAUCCUGAAUUCAUCGUCGAGACCUAGACGGAUCACGUUCCUGGAAGAAAAGGAGAUCUACGUUUUGAGUCAAAAUGGGAAUUCCCAGGCAAACGUAGAAAAGACCGACAUCGACACGAAGGAAACCACGAUCGUUUAUCAGUCAAUCAAUUCAAGCAUCCUUUCCUCCAUAUUCCCAAAUCUCCAGCAAAAUUCGUUGUGGAUAUGCCAGGAGGGACUGAGUAGAAAGGCGGGCUCAUAUAUUAAGCUCUCCCCCAAUGGAGCCAAUGGACUUUUUGCUGAGAUUCCACACGAGAGCCCAAGCCAGGAAACCUGCUGGGCAUACGCAACUGAGCUUUCAGAUGGAGAAGAAAUUCUAUUUUCUCUUUCUAAAUCUGGAGCACUUUAUGCAAAUAAACGACUCCUUGCAAAAAACUGCACUUCCUUCAUAAUUACUGGGGCUCAUCUUAUUUUCACUACGACCCAACACUUGCUCAAAUUCAUUCAUAUCGCCAAAGUAGAUGAUCUUGACAUUCCCGGUGACAUCCCCGAAACUGACGAAAGAUGCCGAAGUAUCGAGCGAGGGGCUCGCCUAGUUUCUGUCAUGCCCUCAAUAUUUGCCGUUACUCUACAGAUGCCGCGUGGUAAUACGGAGACUAUUUAUCCACGUGCGCUUGUUCUUGCUGGAAUUCGUAGGUAUAUCGACAACAAAAAGUAUCGUGCCGCAUAUCUUGCAUGCAGAAGCCAUAUGGUGGAUAUGAAUAUUCUUCACGAUUAUUCUCCCUCCCAGUUCAUGGCCAACGUGCCGUUGUUCAUCGACCAGGUGAAGAAGGUUGAAUAUAUCGACGAAUUUCUCUCUCGAUUAAGAGACGAGGAUGUUUCUGAGACAUUAUAUAAAAAUACCCUCAAGAUAGCUGUACCUGAUGUGGCUGUCUCUGAUGAGCUCAAUGGUGUGAUACCUGGAGAUGCUACGAAAACAACUCCAAAGGAUAACAAGGUCAACCGAAUUUGCGAUGCAUUCUUAUCCGUGCUUAACAGUCGAAUCGACACCAACCUCCAAAAUCUUGUCACCGCUCAUGUGUGCAAAUCCCCCCCUGACCUAGAUUCUGGGCUUCAACUUGUCGCAAAGCUACGGGAACAAAGUACGGAGCAAGCAGAGGAAGCUGUUGAACAUAUGUGUUUCCUCACCGAUGCAUAUAGGCUCUAUGACCAUGCCCUAGGGUUAUAUGACCUAGAGCUUACGUUGAUGGUUGCGCAGCAAGCUCAGAAAGAUCCUCGAGAGUAUCUCCCUUUCCUUCAGAAGCUGCAGGCAAUGCCAGAGCUUCGCCGUCAGUAUGAAAUCGACAACCACCUAGGACGAGUGCGAAAAGCAAUCAAAACCUUACAUGCUCUUCAUGCUUAUGAGGAGCUCAAACUUUACGCUAUCAAACAUUCAUUAUACAACGAUGCCUUGGAACUAUACAAGUACCAGCCUGAACUGCUUCGGGAUAUGUCACAGUUAUACGCUGACUAUCUAUACGAUCAAUCCAAUUACAAAGAAGCUGCCAUCAUCUAUGAAUCGCUUUCCUUUUAUGAACCCGCCUACCAAUCCUACCAGCUCGCACACCAAUGGCGUGAAUGUAUUUAUUGUGCUAGUCUCGUCCCCCUCCCAGAAACACAAAUGAACUCCCUCCUCCACUCCCUCGCCACAACCCUCACAACCGAAACAAAGGACUACAUAUCCGCUGCCCACAUCCACGCUGAACACCUCCAAGACAUCCCAACUGCUGCACAAUUACUUUGCCGCGGCAAUCAAUUCGGUGAUGCCUGCCGUCUCCUCGUACUUCGCGGCAAACAAUCCCUCGUCGGCGAAGUCGUUGAUUCAGCCCUGGGAGACGCGAUGGGCAGCAUGAUUGAUCUGCUCGCCGACUGCAAGGCGCAGCUCAAUGCACAGGUACCCAGGAUCCAGGAAUUGCGCGUCCGCCGUGCCACCGAUCCGUUGGGUUUCUAUGGCGGUGAUCCGGCUGCUGGCUUGGGUGAAGGCGGCAUCGAUAUUCCCGAUAAUGUCUCGCUAGCGCCUACAGACGCGACCACAAUGGCGGGCCGAAGUAUGUUCACGCGGUAUACGGGGAAUACGUCCUCGUCUCGGAAAACGAGCAAGACGAGGCGGCGUGAGGAGCGCAAGCGCGCACGCGGGAAGAAAGGGACUGUCUACGAAGAGGAAUAUUUGGUGAAUAGUGUACGACGGCUUAUUGAAAGAGUAAAUAGCGCCAUUGAUGAGGGGGAGGGGCUCAUUCAAGCGCUGUUGAGGAGGGGAAUGAGGGAACGAGCGGGGUUGGUGCAACAUCAUUUGGAUGAGGUUUUGGGAAUGUGCAGGGAUUGCUUGGAUGAUGUGUUUGAAGUACCGAAGGAAAUGGGUCUUGGUGUUAACGGUGCUGAUGCAGGCAAGAGUGAGGACGGUGGUCUAGGAGGGGAACGGCCACCUGGUGGUGAUGGUGUAUUCUGGGAUAGCUUGCAACAGACUAUUGGUGGGAAGGGGAGGGAGCCACCUGUCGUCAAAGCGUUCAAGAAAUUGGCUAUUCUGGGUGGAUGAGUUGAGUUGCGUGUUCGCUGUGGUUUGAUUGAUUGUUCUGCUUCAAUUUCCACGUUGGAGUGAUUCUGUCUGUUUAAAAAGGAAAUGGGAAGAUAUGGAAAAGCAAAACACUCCUAGUUACAAAGAUAAUGAAUUUGGAAGUUGUUCAAUGCAAUACGAUAUAUUGAUGCUAUA